ACUAAAGAAAUAAAACCUGUCUGCAAAAUAAAAAAGUUUGAUGAUGAUCAUCAUCAUCAUGGUCGCGCUCGUAAUCUAUAUUAAUUUGUUGUGCAAAUUCUCAGAUACUUUUUCCUUAUAAAAAAAGAUCCUUUCUUCUCACUUUCUUUCUAUAGAAUCUCUUCCCUUUUUCCUCUAAUCAUCUUUUGCCAUCAAUUUUUCCCAUACAAUUUCGCCAUUCUUUAGGUAAAUAUCCAUAUGUAUUAUAUAUAAAUACUCUUUUCUUCUUACAUUCUAAACCAAGUUUAUUUCUUUUUUCAUUUCCCAUGGUUAUGGAUCAUCAUUCACCACCCAAAAACUUCUUAACUCGACUCAAUUCAACCGUAGCCAAUAGCCGGGUGGGGAAACGUUUCAAACUAGCGGAAAGGAACUCUACUUUCACCACCGAGUUACGUGCCGGCACCGCCACUUUCCUCACCAUGGCUUACAUCUUAGCCGUCAACGCUUCCAUCCUCUCCGACUCGGGCGGCCCUUGCGGCGUCUCAGAUUGUCUUCCUUUGUGUUCCGACCCUUCCGUUCCGUUAUCCAACUGCACCGGGUCGACUCUCCGAAUCAUCCAGCCCGAUUCGUCAUGCAAAUUCGACCCGGUCAACCCGGGUUACUCUUCGUGCUUGGAAACAGUACGCAAGGAUCUCAUAGUCGCCACCGUUGCUUCUUCUCUUAUUGGCUGUUUAAUUAUGGGUACUUUCGCGAAUUUGCCCCUCGCUUUGGCUCCAGGUAUGGGGGCAAAUGCGUAUUUCGCCUAUACCGUUGUCGGGUUUCACGGGUCGGGUAAUGUCCCAUAUGAAAGUGCUUUAGCGGCAGUUUUUCUAGAAGGCUUAAUUUUUCUGUUCAUUUCAGCAAUUGGGUUCCGGGCCAAGUUAGCUAAGUUGGUACCUAAACCGGUUCGGAUCAGUUCUUCCGCGGGUAUCGGACUUUUUCUCGCCUUUAUCGGGUUACAAAAUAACCAAGGAAUCGGGUUAAUCGGGUAUAAUCCGUCGACCCUUGUGACUCUAGGCGGGUGCCCAAGUUCAUCUCGGGUUUCAGUCGCCCCUGUUUUAGCGGCGGUUAACGGAACCGUCACUCUGAUACCCGGCGGCACCGUCUCCGGUGAUAUAUUAUGUUUACGUGACAGAAUGGAGAAUCCCACAUUAUGGCUUGGAAUCGUGGGGUUUGUGAUCAUAGCAUAUUGUUUGGUGAAAAAUAUAAAAGGUGCUAUGAUUUAUGGUAUAGUAUUCGUGACGGCCGUGUCUUGGUUUCGUAACACUAGGGUGGCGGCUUUUCCGAACACCGACGCCGGGAAUUCUGCUUACGAGUAUUUCAAGAAAGUCGUCGACGUCCAUUUAAUCGAAACCACAGCUGGGGCUUUGAGUUUUAAAAAUUUAGGUAAAGGCUACUUUUGGGAGGCCUUGGUCACCUUUUUAUACGUUGACAUAUUGGAUACAACCGGUACAUUGUAUUCCAUGGCGAGAUUCGCCGGUUUCACCGACCAAAACGGCGAUUUCGAGGGCCAAUAUUUCGCUUUCAUGUCGGAUGCAACGUCGAUCGUGGUGGGAUCAUUGCUGGGGACAUCCCCAGUGACGGCAUUCAUCGAAUCAUCGACGGGGAUACGAGAAGGUGGACGGACGGGAUUAACGGCGUUGACGGUGGCGGGUUACUUUUUCCUGGCAUUUUUCUUCACGCCGUUGUUGGCGUCGAUACCGGCGUGGGCGGUGGGGCCGCCGUUGAUAUUGGUGGGAGUGUUGAUGAUGAGGGCGGUGGUGGAGAUAGAGUGGGAGGACAUGAGGCAGGCAAUCCCUGCAUUUGUGACAUUGAUAAUGAUGCCGUUGACAUAUUCGAUAGCAUAUGGAUUAAUAGGUGGGAUCGGAACAUACAUUGUGCUGCACGCAGGGGAUUGGGCGGCGGAACUAAUGGUGAGAAAAGGGGUGGUGAAAAGGAGAGGGAAUGCGGUCAACGGAGCACAUGAGGCAGCAACUGGGGGCGGAAGUGUGAAAGCAGUUGAAGUGGAUCAUGUCUAGAACUAGAGCGCUCUGAUUGAAACGAAUUUCGGUCUUUUGUUUUGUCUCUUUUGGACAAUAUCUUUGUAGUCUUCAAUAUUUGUAAAGAACCAAAAAACAAAUUGAAGAAGUAGGAUAACAAAUGGAUUCCCUUUUCACUUGCAAA